CGAGCACGGUGACACGGCAUGUAGGAAACGCAUCUUAGCAAAGCAACCAUCAUACGUUUCAGUUAUCAGGACUACUAUCACGUGUACUAGGACUACUGUUAGCUGUUACAGAGACAUCAGUUGUGCUUUCGAUAGAAGCAGCAGCUUAAUUAAUAGAAGGUGACACACCGCCUGGCAGUUUUGCAGAAAUAAUGUCGGAAACAUUGAAAAAUCUCAAUGAAAAUUCAGAAUCAACGCAGACUCAUUGCAUCUUAUUGAUCCAGGUUGGGCCAAUUGAAUCUAGAAUAUAUUCAGACUUUGAAUCUGUGACGGAUUGUUGCAAAGGAAUCCUACAAAUCUAUGAAGAUUAUCUGGCCCGUCUGCAUAACACAGAAGCUAAGAUCAACUAUGGAGCUGCGAAUGCAUUGAGAUUCGUAAAUGAUGUGACGGACAUUUCUUGUCUAGUAUACCAUGAAGCCAGCGGGAUGUAUGCGCCAUACCCCCGAGAGUGGAUUUUAGAAAAGCUGCUGAUGCUCUUCAAACCUGCGCAGAAUGCUCUAACGAAUGAUCAUGAAUAAAAGAUCUCGAACUUUUGUUGUUUGAAAUGUUUCAAUUCAACUAUAUUUUUAUAAAUGAACCACUACAGAUAAAGUUGGAGUAAUUGUAAGAUACUGAAGUAUACUGAAGUUUACCAAAUUUCAAUUCCAGAUAACUUUGAACAGCACUAUAUUUUCAUUCAUUUUCAAUAUCUUGCUCAGCAAUACAGUAUAAUAUUUUGUUACAAUGUACAGUACAAAUACAAUGCAGCAAUUCAGUAGAAUACAAACUACACAUUUCCAAGUCAUUAUAACAGCAGAUACCAUAGUAAAUACUUCCUACUUAUAGUUGUCUUAUUUGAUUAAUGAAAUAGAACUUAAAGAGUUUUACCAGUGUGGUUAAAUUUAUUGUCACAAAGUAAUCAAUCACUUUAGUUUAUUAAGGGUGUUUCUUCAAUAUAUUCGAGUUGUGGAGAUGAAGUUACCCAAAGAGUGUCAUUAAGGAAAUAAAAAAUUAAAUUAAAACUUUUGGGAAUUGUGUGUUAUUGGUAUUUUUCAGAGAGGUUUGUGCUCAAGUUUCCUAGUUCAGUAAUGUCUCAACAAUUUGAUAUUUCUAGUUUAAUUUUGAGCCUAUUUAACUCCAGGGCUGAACUGAUUACAUUAAAUGCAGUAUAUUCGUGUAUAGUAAUCUUAAGUAUUGUAAAUUUAAAUUUUGAUUUUUGUGAAUAAAUCGUAAAUAAACAUGUUUUAUUAUA